GAGUUCCCGGGACGCCCUUAAAGCAGGAAGGAAGCAGGGCCGGUGGCAGAGAGGUGUCCCGGUCCCAGGCAGCGCUGCCGGCCUCGGGGGACGCAGAGCACCUGCGUCUGAGAGCGCGGCCAGGCGGCCACCUGUGAAGCCCGCUGCCCACACGGGCCGUGCCUGCCUCUUCCAGAGACCCAUCUGUGCGGGGACUGAAAGCUGACCUGCAGCAGGGCCAGGUGAGCCCUCGGGAGAGCAUGGCCGGUGUGGGUGACUGCGCACGGACACCCUGGCUCCCUGUCCUGGUGGUGUCCCUGAUGUGCUCGGCCAGAGCAGAAUACUCAAACUGUGGCGAGAACGAAUACUACAACCAGACCACAGGGCUGUGCCAGGAGUGUCCGCCGUGUGGGCCCGGAGAGGAGCCUUACCUGUCCUGCGGCUACGGCACCAAAGACGAGGACUACGGCUGUGUCCCCUGUCCGGCGGAGAAGUUUUCCAAAGGAGGCUACCAGAUAUGCAGGCGCCACAAGGACUGCGAGGGCUUCUUCCGAGCCACCGUGCUGACACCAGGUGACAUGGAGAACGACGCCGAGUGUGGCCCCUGUCUUCCUGGCUACUACAUGCUGGAGAACCGGCCCCGGAAUAUCUACGGCAUGGUCUGCUACUCCUGCCUCCUGGCCGCGCCCAACACCAAGGAAUGUGUGGGGGCCACGUCGGGAGUUUCUGCCAAUUCCCCCAGCACCUCGGGCAGCAGCACCCUGUCACCCUUUCAGCAUGCCCACAAAGGCCUACUUGGGGCCCGGUUUCAGCGAGGUCUGGGGCACCUGCCAGUGUUGUUGGGCUUCCGGCGCAUUCAGGCGGGCAUAAGGCGCACACUGUGGGCUGUGCAAGCUCCUUUCCACCAGCCCCGGGGGAACAGCGCGGGGGAGCUUCAACACACGCAUGUCAUCCGUACCUGGCUACAGACGCCGCUACUGUCCCAGACGACACUGGGCGGCCGGCUUUCCUGCAGACACGCCUACCCCGGAGGCUGG